UCCCUGAAACACCCCGCACCGUUCCGCCCCUCGGCCUUCUCCCAGGCCUUGGCGAACCUCGCCGGGGCCUCUUACGGUCUGGGUCUGCUUGCGCAGGCGCAGUUUCACUUCAGGGCUGGCCCUAAAGAUGGGAGUAGUUAGCGGAGCUAUGUGGGGGGGUGGCGCUGGGGUGCUCGGGUCUCUGUUGUGGGUGUGACCUGAUGGGUCCGAGGGAACGUGGGAGAGUAGAGGAGCCGGGGCGGAGACUGGCUGGGCGGGGCUCCCUCUUCCUGCCUCGCGUGGAGCAAAGCUUAGGCCGCGCUCUGUGCUUGCAGGUCCCAGGCUACCCUCCUGUACUGGGAUCUUUCUCCCUCCCCAGCUCAGCGUGCAGAGGACCAAGGCCUGACCCAGCAGGGAGCCUAGAGCCAGAGGGAAUGGCCCGUGGGAGCUGCAGACCCCCAGCCCAGGAGUUGGUGACAUUCAAGGAUGUGUCUGUGGAUUUCACCCAGGAGGAGUGGGGCCUCUUGGACCAUCCUCAGAAGGAGUUGUACAAGGAGGUCGUGGUGGAGAAUGCCCAUAACCUGCUGUCCCUAGGGCGGCCAGUUCCCAGAAAAGAUUUGAUGUCUUAUUUUGAGGAAAAGGAAGCACCAUGGCUGCUGGAGCAAGAAGGCCUGAGGAGCUGCUGUCCAGAAGGAGAGAUUAGACCUGAAAUGAAAGAGACUACUGCAAAGCUAAGAAUUUCUGUGAAAGAAACUCAGGAGGAAAGUUUCAUGAGGGAUGGUCCUUGUGACUUCACUGGGAGACAAAUCUGUGCUGCAUUUCACAGAAUCCACAGAGGAGGAAAUCCUCAUGAUUGUCAUCAUUGUGGGAAAGUGUUGAGGCAGCAGUCAUCCUUUAUUUACCAUCAAAAAAUUAAUCCUGGAGUAAAACCACAUGAGUGUCAUGAAUGUGGUAAAGCUUUUAGCGAAUACUCAUCCUUCAUUAUGCAUCAGAAAAUUCACAUUGGCAGGACACCUUAUGAAUGUAAUCAGUGUGGAAAGGUUUUCACAGAGAGUUACAACCUUAUUCAACAUCAAAGACUCCACACUGGAGAGAAACCUUAUGAAUGUAAUCAGUGUGGAAAGGGUUUCACACGGAACUACAACCUUAUUAAACAUGAAAGACUCCAUAGUGGAGAGAGACUUUAUGAAUUCAAUGGUCUAUAGAGCUUGUUAGACUCCAGAAAAUUCAUCUUAGGAACAAGCCCUACAAGGACUCAACGUGGGAAUGCCUUCAGCAGAGAUCUCCUGUUCCUUUACAUCAGGGUUUCAUGGUGGAGAGAAGACUUAUGAAUGUGCUUAAUGAGGACCAGCCUUUCCCUGGAAGAUGCAGGUCACUCAUCAUGACAAUAUUCACAAUGGAAGGAAUCCUUAUAAAAGCAAUAAUUGUGGGAAGGCCUUCAACUGGAGCUCAUAUAUGUUUGUAUAUUGGGGAAAUCUUCCUGGAGAAAAAUCUGAUGGAUUUGAUUAAUGACAGAAGAUCUUUGCCUAUAGCACAGACCUCAUGAGACAUCACAAAUCUCUUAUCUCUCCUUGCUAUUCUCUGGAAUUCUGCAUUCAUUUGGGUAUAACUUUUCCCUUUUCCUUUCCUUCUUUCAUUAGCUAUUUGUAAGGCCUCAUGAGACAGCCAUUUUGCUUUCUUGCUCUUCUUUUUCUUUGGAAUAUUUUUUGUUGCUGCCUUCUGUACAAUAUUACAAACCUCUGUCCACAGUUCUUCAGGCACUCUAUCAGAUCUAAUCCGUAAAUCUAUUCAUCAUUUCCAUUUCAUAUCCAUAAGCAGUGUUGUUUAGGGCAUAGCUGUAGGGUCUGAUGGCUUUCCCUAUUUCCUUUGAUUUGAGUCUGAAUUUUGCAAUUACAACCUCACAUUCUGGGCCUCAGUCAGCUGUACAUCAUGUUUUGACUGACUGUAUAGAACUUCACCUCAUCUACCUUUUUUCCCUAAAAAAUGUUUUCGGUUUUCUUAGAACUGAGCAGUUUUGGGUUCUUUGGAAUUAGUCAUUGGGAGAUAGACUUGUUAGUGUGACGUUGAAUGGUUUGCCUUAGAUUUCAACAGUACUUGAUUAUAUGUUGGAAAAGUCUUGCUGAAGAUAAACUUUAUGGAUCUAAUCAACAAGAUUAGGUCUCUUGUUCAAGACCUCCUGAGGUUUCCCAGUAUUGAAACCUGAUUGAACAUCCAAAAUUAGUUACUGUGAGUAAACCCCUAAAAAUGUCAUGGCUUUCCUCCCUGAAAUCCUGAUGUUUCCCAUUACUCUACAGGAAUAUUUCUUUCAAUUCCUGUACUGUAUUUUCUUCAGGUAUUCAACAGUUGAUGGUUACUUACUUUGUAUCUUGUUGUGUGUUGGCACAAAAAGUUCUUGUAUAAAUAUUUUGGUAACUGACUGCAGUCCCUCUAGAGUGUUACACUCAUAGCUCCACAAAUUGAUUUUCUAUGCAAGAUGAUUUGGAAAAUAUAUUAAACUGAAUUAUCAUUUCAUUGGUAACUAGUUUUUGUUUAAAUCUGUCUUGUCAGAACAAUAAGAUUUGUUUUAAAUCUGUAACAUUUGUUUUAUUAUUAUUAUUAUGCUUCAACAUUUUCUUUCAUUUUGAUUUUUGGAAAUUAUUUGAUAACCAAGGUUGUUAAUUUUUAAAAUGAUACCUAGAGGGUGAUAGAAUUGUAUUAGGAAAUCAACUUCUCUUGAUCUGGAUGCUGUGAAAUGAUGAAUUAAACUGUUAGAGAAUGUGAUUAUAAUGUCUUAAAACUG